AAUCCAUGCAAGCAGCCAUCUUGAGUACAGUUGUGCACUUGGAGAGGAGAUGAGAUUUAUAUGACCGAGAGAAACGUCAAUAUUAGACAAACUACAUCUAAAGGAUUCAUUUUAAUUCUCUAGUUCGUUGUUUUCUUGUAUGCCACACUUCCCGUUCGCACGAGUGAACAUUGAUUGAAUCGAUAUCGACCAAGCCAGCAGUUAACGUAUCGGGCUAGCUUCACACGGGUUUCGUAUUUGCCUUCAGCAGUGUAAGCUCGACUGCAAUCUUUUCUCGAUUGACUUAUCUAAAAUACGAAAUAUGGUUUCUGUGAUUCAAGAUUCGGAUUUUGAAGACCGCUAGAGACAAUAUUGUGUUAUUUGCAUGUUGUGGACAAACAACGUUUUGAAUACACACAGCCUUCGGUAGAAUGGCUGGUCAAUGUUUUCUCCGGCGUCAACUUUCCUUUGGAUGUGAUUUUGGGAAAGGUGUAAUGUUUGCAAGAGUGAAACUUGGUCAGUAAAAUGUAAUUACGCAAACUCGACUCAUUGCAUUGGUGAUUUAACUGGUGAGGUAACCAGUAAGCAAUAUUGGCAAUCUUAAACCUAUGCAAAUCCGGUUUAUGUUAACGGUGAUGCCAUAUAGAUUUCUAGAUGAAAGAUUAUCGCUAGAUAGUCGGAAAAAUUGCAACAAAGUAACAGUUUGUGAUUAUUUUUGCUGGGACAUAGUCAGUCUAGCGCUAGACAUUGUUUCUAAAAUGCGACAAUGUUGCAUUGUUGUGUGCAGAAUGGAUACACCAUGCUGCAAGUACAUUAACCAGUAGUCAAACAAGCUAUUCGACUAGUUUAGUUUCUUUAUAGAUAUUUUUUUUUACAUGUGUUUCAAACCAUGUCCCAUGCCACAAGAAUACAAUAAACACUAAGGAUUGUGAAGUGGACAUUUUUAUGCUGUAUGUUAAUAACAGGCAUUGCAGCUCUUUCAAUCAGUCAGUCACCUGAUGCUAUUGCUAUAAAAAGGUACUCUGAUACUUUGGACGCUAAUCCCAUAGGAUUCGUGGCACCAGGAUUUACUCGAAAUAAAGGAUUUGACAUUUGACCGAAAAUGGGACCAGCGACGAAACUGGCAUUCGGCGUCUUUCUGAUCUCCUGUUCUUCAGGGGCGAUCCUGGGUCGGACCGAAACACAGGAGUGUGUCCACUAUAACUACAACCCCAACCCUGCUGCCAUCCAGGAGAACCGAGGGAACCGCAGUGGCAUCGAGACGUGUGCCGGGGAGAAGGACAAGCGGAGACACUGUUUCGCCACCUGGAGGAACGUGUCGGGAAUCGUAGAUAUCGUAAAGCAGGGCUGCUGGCUGGAUGAUCACAACUGCUAUGACAGUACUGAAUGUGUGGAGAAGAAAGAGAGCCCAGAUGUGUUCUUCUGCUGCUGUGAAGGAAACAUGUGUAAUGACAAGUUUGUCUACACUCCCGACAACACACAAGCUGUUCAGACAACAUCGAACCCGGUUACCCAGAAGCCUCUUGUCUUCACCACUCUGAUGUACUCACUGGUGCCCAUCAUAGGCAUCACUGCCAUCAUCCUCUUCUCGUUCUGGAUGUACCGCCAUCACAAGCUGGCGUACCCGCUAGUCCUGGUGCCCACACAGGACCCGGGGCCCAUGCCUCCCUCCCCCAUCCUGGGACAGAAGCCUCUGCAGUUAAUUGAGAUCAAAGCCAGGGGGCGCUUCGGAUGCGUGUGGAAGGCUCAGUUGCUCAACGAUUACGUGGCUGUGAAAAUAUUCCCCAUUCAGGACAAGCAGUCAUGGCAGAACGAGUAUGAGAUCUACAACCUGAGCGGGAUGAGGCAUGAGAACCUGCUCCACUUCCUGGGAGCAGAGAAGAGGGGUAACAACAUGGACAUAGAGCUGUGGCUGAUCACAGCCUACCAUGAGAAGGGCUCGUUGACAGACUAUCUGAAGGCCAACGUGUUGUCGUGGAGCGAGCUGUGCCACAUAGCCCAGACCACGGCUCGAGGCCUGGCCUACCUCCAUGAAGACAUCCCUGGUCUGAAGGACGGACACAAGCCAGCCAUUGCCCACAGGGACAUCAAGAGUAAGAAUAUCCUUCUGAAGUCCAACCUGACGGCCUGCAUCGCUGACUUUGGCCUGGCCCAGAGGUUUGAGGCUGGGAAAUCCGCUGGAGACACGCAUGGACAGGUGGGCACCCGGAGGUACAUGGCCCCUGAGGUGCUGGAGGGGGCCAUCAACUUCCAGCGGGACUCGUUCCUGAGGAUAGACAUGUAUGCCCUGGGACUGGUGCUAUGGGAACUGGCCGCACGCUGCAAGGCUGCUGAUGGCCCAGUGGAUGAGUACAUGCUGCCGUUUGAGGAGGAGAUUGGCCAGCACCCAUCUCUGGAAGACAUGCAGGAUGUUGUAGUCCACAAAAAACUGAGGCCCAUGCUCAGGGAGUGCUGGCAGAAACACACUGGCCUGACCAUGCUGUGUGAGACCAUCGAGGAGUGCUGGGACCACGAGGCGGAAGCACGCUUGUCGGCAGGGUGCGUGGAGGAGCGCAUGGUGCAGAUGCAGCGUCUCAACAACGUCACCGCACCCGAGGAGAUCGUCACAGUCGUCACCAUGGUGACCAACGUGGACUACCCCCCCAAAGAAUCCAGCCUAUGACUAGGCGUAUGAACAGGAGAACAGAUCCCAAAGAGACUCGCCUUCCUAAGCAGAAGGUCAGGACUCUUUCCAACGUUCGUCACUAACUCUGGGACUAUACCCAAAGAGGCGCCAAAAUCAUUUAGUGGACCUGGGUUCAUAGAGAAUGAUCCAGUUUUAAACUGGUUCCUAUUGCAUUGAGCUACAUGUGUACCUAAAGACUUGCUCAUGCCCAGGUCUUUUAAAAGGG